CCUUACCUGAUUUAUUAAAAUUCUCGAUUCUUGAGGAGCUUUGCUUACUGUUUCGAUCUUAGAUCGUCUUGCUCUGGAGCUUGAGUGAUUAACUUGAGAAGAGCUAGAUUUGAGCAACGAAGAUGACACUCAGAACUCCUGGAACUCCAGCUACAAAGGUAGAUAGGACACCCGUAUCAACGCCUGGAGGGCCAAAAGCCAAGGAAGAGAAGAUUGUUGUCACAGUUCGAUUGAGGCCUCUUAGUAAAAGGGAGGAGUUAGCCAAAGAUCAAGUCGCUUGGGAAUGUGUUGAUGAUCAAACGAUUGUGUUUAAACCCCCACCUCAAGACCGCUCAGCUCAACCAUCUUCAUUUACCUUUGACAAAGUGUUUGGUCCGGUCUGUUUGACUGAGACUGUAUACGAGGAAGGAGUGAAGAAUAUUGCUUUGUCAGCUUUGAUGGGCAUAAAUGCAACCAUAUUUGCAUAUGGUCAAACUAGCAGUGGGAAGACAUACACAAUGAGAGGAGUAACAGAGAAAGCUGUUAAUGACAUCUAUAAUCAUAUAUUGAAUACACCAGAGAGAGAUUUUACAAUAAAGAUAUCUGGCCUAGAAAUUUAUAACGAGAAUGUUAAGGACCUAUUAAAUUCAGAAUCUGGUCGCAAUCUCAAGCUUCUAGAUGAUCCUGAGAAAGGUACCGUGGUUGAGAAGUUGGUGGAAGAAACAGCAAAAAAUGAUCAACAUCUAAGACAUCUGAUCAGCAUUUGUGAAGCUCAAAGACAAGUUGGUGAAACUGCUUUAAAUGAUACAAGCUCACGGUCACACCAAAUAAUAAGGCUGACAAUUGAGAGUACACUACGUGAAAAUUCAGACUGUGUGAGAUCAUUCAUUGCAAGCCUGAACUUUGUGGAUCUAGCUGGAAGUGAAAGAGCCUCACAGACACAUGCAGAUGGUGCUAGGCUCAGAGAGGGUUGUCAUAUUAACCUUAGUUUAAUGACUCUGACAACCGUAAUCAGAAAACUUAGUGUUGGAAAAAGAAGUGGUCAUAUACCAUAUCGGGACUCAAAGCUUACUCGCAUACUGCAACACUCACUUGGUGGGAAUGCACGUACUGCUAUCAUUUGUACUCUAAGUCCAGCACUAAGCCAUGUUGAACAAUCUCGAAAUACACUAUUCUUUGCUACGCGGGCAAAGGAAGUGACAAACAAUGCCCAAGUCAAUAUGGUGGUUUCAGAUAAGCAGCUGGUGAAACAUUUGCAGAAAGAAGUAGCCAGGCUAGAAGCAGAGUUGCGCACUCCUGAUCCUUCCAGAGAAAAAGACUUAAAAAUCCAGCAGAUGGAAAUGGAAAUGGAAGAACUUAGACGCCAAAGGGACCUUGCAGAAUCACAUGUGGAUGAGUUACGCAGAAAAAUUCAGAACGAUCAGCAGACCUCAAAUCUACCUGAAUCACCACAUCCAUUGGCAAAAAAGUGUUUGUCUUACUCUGAUGCCUUGUCACCAAAACUGGAAGCCAAGGAACUGGGCCAGAAUGACAGAACAAUGAAAGCAAUGCUAAGGCAGUCUAUUAGGCAGUCAUCAACUGCUCCUUUUACGCUUAUGCAUGAAAUUCGAAAACUUGAACACCUUCAGGAGCAGCUUGGAGCGGAAGCCAAUCGAGCUCUAGAGGUUCUUCAAAAGGAGGUGGCUUGUCAUAGACUAGGUAACCAAGAUGCAGCUGAGACAAUUGCCAAGCUGCAGGCAGAAAUCAGGGAAAUGCGUGCUGUCCAGUCAGUUCCAAAGGCAGUUGAAUUUGCAACCGUGGAGGCCCCCAACAAAAGUGUCAGUGCUAAUCUCAGGGAGGAGAUAACAAGGCUUCAUUCACAGGGCAACACAAUUGCCAAUCUUGAGGAGCAACUGGAGAACGUUCAGAGAUCAAUUGAUAAGUUAGUAAUGUCUUUGCCAGGCAAUGCUCAACAAUCUAAUGGUGAAGCAGCCCCUAAAGCUAAGAAUCAGUCUAAAAAGAAGAAGAAGUUACCUUUAAGUUCUAGUUGUGUUGCCAACCGGCAAAACUUUAUAAAAUCUCCCUGCUUGCCUUUAUCAACUUCUCAGCAAGUACUGGAGCCUGAGAAUGAAGAAAAUAGAGCUCCGGAGAAUAGUGACAUUGUAUCUAGAGAAAUUAUUCAAGAGCAUGACAAAGCAACUCCUAGAAGUAAGAGUGAAGAGGGAGGAGAUGCCUCGUCAAAGGAAGGCACUCCAGGGUCUAGGCAUUCAAGUUCAGUUAACAUGAAAAAAAUGAAGAAAAUGUUUCAAAAUGCAGCUGAAGAGAAUGUAAGAAGCAUACAAGCAUAUGUUACAGAACUGAAAGAACGUGUUGCUAAACUGCAAUAUCAGAAGCAGUUACUUGUUUGUCAGGUUCUUGAGCUUGAAGCCACUGAAGCAGCUGGAUACAAUAUAGAGAAUGAUGAAAGCACUAAUGAGCCAGGGGAGUCUCAGAUCACAUGGCACAUAACAUUUAAGGAGCAAAGGCAGCAGAUUAUUGAGUUAUGGGAUGUGUGCUUCGUCUCCAUUAUCCAUAGGACACAGUUCUAUUUAUUAUUUAAGGGGGACCCUGCUGAUCAAAUAUACAUGGAAGUAGAGCUUAGGCGCUUAACUUGGUUGCAACAGCACUUCACAGAACUUGGAAAUGCAAGCCCUGCCCCAGUGGGAGAUGAACCCACAAUUUCUUUGUCAUCAAGUAUAAGAGCAUUGAGGCGCGAAAGGGAAUUUCUUGCAAAGAGGUUGUCUUCACGGUUGAGUCCAGAGGAAAGAGAUGCAUUGUACAUCAAAUGGAAUGUACCUGUGGAGGGGAAGCAUAGGAGACUGCAAUUUAUAAACAAACUCUGGACAGAUCCUCAUGAUCCCAGGCACAUAGAGGAGAGUGCUGAAAUAGUGGCAAAGCUUGUAGGGUUUUGUGAAGGAGGCAACAUGUCAAAGGAGAUGUUUGAACUUAACUUUGCACUACCAGCUGACAAGAGGCCAUGGAUUAUGGGGUGGAAUCCGAUCUCAAACCUUCUUCAUCUCUGAGACGAUGCAUUUUGCUUGUUAAGUAGAUUAUAUUAUUUACAUGUAAAUGAAUUUUUGAGUUCCUUCUCCAAAUUUGCUGGUGUCCUCUCACAGUCUGAACUCUGAACAAUGCAUACUAUUUUUUGUACUUUUCUUUAUGUUUCAAUAAAAAAAAUGAUUUUUG